CUGUCACAUAUCGAGGGACUUGUCAGUUUCGAAUUAAAAACAGGUGACCCUGAUAAAAUCGUUAGAGCUAUGACAUCGGACGGUGAUCUUCUCAAGAAAGUAGAGGAGCGCUUCGUCACUUGUGAUGAUAUUAAUGCAAUGUCCGCCCGUUUACUCAAAGCAGAGAUGUCUAACAACAAGGAAAAGGCGGCUCAGUUAAAAACAAAGUUAGAAAAACUUCGAGAAGCUCAGCGAAGAAAUGUGAAAGUUCGUCUAACUACAACAGUGCGUGGUUCGCCUUUAGCAGCUUCUUCUUCUCAUGGUAUUGUCCAUCUCACGGCGACUGAUAGAAUGGGUCGCGAAAUUCCCCUUCAUACCCACGGGUACGACGCAGUACCUCCAAUUACAAAAACUAAGCAUGGGAGAAUGAAAUCACACGAUGAAAAUGGGAAUCGUAUUCGGUACUUCGAAGAUGCCAGUGAACACGCUAACAUUAAUGAAUUAGUUCGUCAGGAACGAUUGGAGUCAGGACAUUCGUCUAACAUGCAAUUUAUCUCCCUUGCUGGAAAGUGUAAGCAUCGCGUAGACGACGAAUAUGACGACGUAUUUGCGGUGAAUGCAGGCAAGUCUCACAACCUUGCAUGCAAGCGCAGAAAGUCGGAUGCUAUAGCAGACUAUAAAAGGAGGGAAUAUGCAGAGUCUAAGUGUGCUUCUUGUAUAAAUCACACACCGCAGUACCUCGUAAUGAGUGUCGGACAGCGCAUGUUCUUAUCGCUACCUGAGCACGCUAGUAUGACCUGUGGCCAUUGCUUGCUGUCACCGCUGGAACAUAUCGGUGCAAUGACGCGGGUUGAUGAGAUCGCUGUGGAAGAGGCCCGCGCAUUUAAAAAUGACUUGUGUCAAAUGGCCGCUUCGUGGUGGGGUCGUGGCUCAUCCUACGUCUUUCUCGAAGUAGCAAGCCAUCCGAAUUCACACAAACAUCAUGUCCAAAUUGAAUGUAUUCCCGUCGACCGAGACGCUAUGGAUGAGCUGCCAUCUUAUUUUAAGGUAAAAACGCCACCAAAGCCACGACGCGGUGGACUAGGCGGUCCGGUGUUUUCUUACUUGUACGGUGGAGGCCCCCUUAUGAAAGCUCUGCUCGAUCUUGGGUCCGAAUGGGACCAAAACACUAAGAUCGUCAGUCUCAGGAAACCUGGAAUUGGUGCGAGAGAUGCCAUUCCUCCCAACUUCAGCUACUUCGCCGUCGAAUUCGGAAAUGAAGGAGGCGGCUUCGCCAAAGUAAUAGAGGACUGGCGUAGUUUCCCUCUCAGCUUCGGUCGGGAGGUGAUUGCCGGUGUUCUGGGAAAAACAACGGAUAAAUGGAGGAAACCGAAGGACGAUUCUCUCAGUGACCUCAGGAAGAAGGCAGUCGAGUUCGAGGAGCACUGGGGAGCCCUUCGACACACGAUCGAUGCGCAAAAGGUGGCAGCCCCUCUCACCACAGAGAAGGAGCCGGAAGGCCCUGAACUGCCUCCAUCAAUGAUGUUUUAA